AUGGCUGCGAAAAGAGUCUCGGACAACGGUCCGAAAGAUACCUCCAGUUCACGAACACGAACUCUGAGGAAGCGGAGGCAAGAGGAAGGAGGAGACGCAGACAGUUCUCCUAGCAAGCGGCCCAAAAGGAGUUCUCCCGCUCCAUCCCGAACAUUGCGCUCCGAGACACAGCGGGGACAAGAAGGAGAAGACGAAGACAUCUCUCCUAGCAAACAGUCUGAGACAAUUCCCCCUACUCCAUCAGAGACAUCAAAAUCCCAGGAAGGGCAGGGACAAGAGGGAAGACCCAAUACAACUCCAGACACUCCAUCACAACCACUACAAUCCCAGGAGGAGCAGGGGCAAGAAGGAGGAGAGGCAGACAGCUCUCCAAACAGCUCUCCUAUUAAGCGGGGCAAUACGACUCCCCGCACUCCAUCACAACCACUACAAUCCCAGGAGGAGCAGAGGCAGAAAGGAGGAGAAGACACGGAAAGCUCUUCCAGAAAUCGACCCAAUACGAGUUUGCCCGCCCCAGCGCAACCAUCAGGAUCCCAGACAAAGCGGCGACAAGAAGGAGAAGAUGCAGGCAAUACUCCUAGCAAACGACUUAAGAUGGGCACCUUCCAGCCCCGCCCAUUAUCCCCAGCAUCUAUACAGGAUAGAGACCAGAUCCUGCAUGCGUUCAUGUACGACUUAUAUGAGGUCAACAAAAUACACAACGAAAGUGAAAAAAGCAGGGUGGCAAAAUUGGACUACAAGACGCGGUGUAUUUACGCAUCACGGGCCUUAGAGAAGGCCCUUACUUGCACAAUAUGGUCAUUUAAUGAGGCCAAUAUGGAUUGCGAGGAGCGAGAAGCGAGCCGGCUACGAAUUUUCGCCGAGAACUUCGGCUGGCCCAUGCUUGCGAUAUGUGUACAAGCGGAAGCCUUUCGAAGGCUAUGUAAGGAAGAAAGCACAUUAAUGUGGAAAGCCAUAUAUGGGAAAUUUCAGCGACACCAUCUCAAUAUCUGGAUUCAGGCUUCUACGCGUGGUUUUGAAUGGCGCAAAUUGUUGGCGCCAUAUGCGGGGGAUGCUGCUCCACCCGAGCUCAACCAGGUAUUGGCUUCCAAAAUUUCAGCGGAUAAUCUCAGACAUACGCAUCCUCAUGAAAUAGUCAUAAAUGAAAGGGAGAGACAAAUUCGCUCACCGAAAUUCCAAGAUCGCUUACAGAAGCAUAUCGAUGCUAGCAUUUUUCACCCCAGGGAUUGGCAAACGGCGAAGGAUCCAGAGCAUCGGGGGCUGAAAAAGGAUCCAACGCUGCGAGAUGGCCUUAAUUAUGGUCUUUGCGAUCUCUGCGCCGAAGGGAAAAUCUGUGAAUGUCAAAUCAAGCAGGCCCCCCUUGAAUUCGUGCAGUUGGUGGAAACAUCCAAGGGUGUCGGGGUACGUGCUCUUGCGCGAUUUGAGAAAGGAGAUAUUCUGGGUGAAUAUGUUGGCGAGCUCCAUCCACCUUGCUAUAAAGGCGACCCCAUAUAUGCGCUUACCAUGCAGGGUAAAGUCGACGUAGAUGAGGAGAUUGCUGUAAUUUGCCCGAUGGAAUAUGGGAAUUUCACUCGGUUUAUCAACCACUCCUGCAGGCCUAAUACAACUUUUGAACGGCGGACAAUUGGGAAUCGGGCAACGAUGACCGUGGAGGUCGUGCGGGAUAUUCAACCUUUUGAGGAACUCACGAUUAACUAUGGCCGGGAAUAUUGGAAAGGUCGAACAUGUAUUUGUGGAGAGGAAGGGUGUUACACUCAGCAAGAGAGGAGGAAAAAACGGCAACGGGAACGGGAGAUGGAACGGCGAAAGCAAAGGGAUAUGCAACUUGAAGCAUCUAAGAAUGUUGCAGAGGAAGUGGACAAAGAUAAAGAAGAAUGUUUAGCCAAGGAGGUUAAUGAGGAAGAGGCAGCAGCAGCAGCAGCAGAAGAAACCAACGAAGAAGAAACCGACGAAGAAGAGACUGAGGAAGAAGAGACCGACGAAGAAGAGACCGACGAAGAAGAGUCCGAAGAAGAAGAGGCCGGAGAAGAAGAGGUCGAAGAAAGGCCACCAAACAAGAAACCCGAAGAAGCAAAAGCGUCAUCAAGGAAAGGGUCAAAAGAAGAAUCAUCAUUGGAAGCAGAAGAAGGGCCAUCAGAGAGAAAGCAUAAAGAUAAGAUAGCAUCAUCGAAAGAUGGGACAGGAAAGGAUAGGGAAGAGGAAGAGAGAGCAGCACAAAGAAUACAUCAAGAUUGGAGAAAGGAGAAGAAGAAUCGGAAGGAGAAGGAACAGAAGAACAACAAGAAACAUCGGAAGAAUCGUCAUCAAGAGGGUCAGAAGGAUCCUCUUACGUGUUCGUCGACGAGGAGGAGGAAGAAGAAGAAAGGGAAGAAAGAGAAGGAAGAGGACACUAAGCAUUAUGUUUCUCCUUAUGCAAUGAAUUAUAUCAAAGGGGCUAUAUACACUUCAGAUGUUGUCUAUAACAAGUGCAUUUAG